CAUUGACAUGCACCCUUGAUCAUUGACCAGACCUUUAUCACAAUCUUAAGUUCGAAGAUCUCGCUGGUCUGUGAACUCUGAACCGUCUGACAGUCUGUCUUCACUCCUCUACCCCGAAGCGCAGACGCGUUGUCCUUAACGCUUCUGACUUGACCGCGCCCCGCUCGACUGAGCUCGUCUUUGAACCUCGAUCAAGCCUCGAUUCCUGCUCUCUUCCAACGAAAACUAACGGACGCGCGCACUCCAACCGUGCCACCAACCAAGACACUCUUCACUCGAAACUUGGCGGUAAAGGCUCCUCGACAUGGCACUUUCUACACAUUAUCGAGGCACGUCUGGCUUUGAUAUUCUGCCACCUGAACUUCAACACGACAUCUUCGGUUACCUCGCUGGGGACAAAGCAUCGCUCUCUUCUGCAAUACUAGUCAGCAAGGUCUGGUACAACUGUUGUGUCCAGAUGCUAUGGUACAAGUCAAAGCAAUCGAUGUUGAGCAAAGUGUUGACGUUCGACCGACAACAAUAUCAUGCCAGUAUGAUUCACAACUUCACAUUAGACCGUUGUAUCCGCGAGGAGGUCUCAGAUAGGCUCGAAUUCCAAUUGCUCGAAGAAGUGCUGUUCUGCAAUUGUAGAUCGACUGACAUUCAGCUUCGGUCACUUCUCCAACCAGGGCUACAUACCUUGGGCUUCCAAGACUUCGAACUCCACGCGAAUAUCUUGGACCUGGUGGAGAUGUGUUGCCCUAAACUGCAAAGCUUGACAAUAUCGGACUGCAACACGCCUAAACUCGAUGAUAGUCGAUUUUCGAAAGUUUUACAGAGUCUCAAAUCUUUACGACGUCUCCAUUUGGAAUCCUUACCGGACAUCCAAGAGAUUUUGGGCCCUCGGAUUGAUUUUCCAGAAAAUCUAGAAGAAUUGACCCUCGCGAAUCUGGAUGCAUUCGACUUCAGGAGCGCAUUUGACAACUCCCUUCGAAAGUGCACAAAGUUACGCAAAGUACACUUGGAAGAAACCAGUCUGGUCAGCGCAAAUAUGUUGAUCAUCCUUUCCAACUAUGUUUCGCUCGAAGAACUCUACAUUAAUGAAUGGUUAGAGGAAGAGGCUUUCGAGCAGUACGAAGAACGGUGCUCUCGCAGGUCGCCAGGCUCACCAUGUUUCCAAAAGCUCAGAAAGUUGUCCAUAAUACCUUCUUCGGGUCUGGUGGCAUCCCUUCUGUCCAGUGUUACGGGCAAUUUGGUCGACUUAAGACUUGUCGUCCAUACCAAUCAUCAAAUUGUUUGCCCGGCCCUUAGCCACCUACCGGCCAUCGUUCACCUCGAGCUUGGGUUUAGUGGCGACACAGUAUUCUCUGCAGCGGACCUUGACCACCUUUCAAAGCUCUCUAAUCUAGAGAGUCUUCGUCUUGGCCGUAUGAGACCGGCCGCUGGCUGGUGCGAUUGGCUUACCGAUCAACACUUUGAGCAACUGGUCUCGAAGCUACCACAACUUCGACAUCUUGUAUUUCCUCCAGUCGGCAAGGUACUGACUUUCGUCGCUGUGGAAUCUCUUGCGAGAAGCUGUCCAUUGCUGGAAAAAUGCGAGCUCCUGUGGGAACACGACCUGAGUACCUGGCAUGCCUCUAAGGCACCGUUGUUUCCUAAACUGCAUACCCUUCAUUUCGGGCAAGCCAAAGAUCACGAUGACAAGGAGAUUUGGGGCUUCCGUCACGCCGAAGCUGGAAGUUAUGCACGACUGCUACGAGCCCUUGCUCCGCGCUUGAAAGACCUGUGUGUACGAUUUAAUCGUCGCCUAAGUGGUGGAAAGUUUACCCCAACAAAAAGGCAUUUGGAUGUGGACAUCGAUGAAGAGAUAGACCCAGACCUCAAGGAGGCUCGGAUGCAUCGAAUACGUGAAAGGUACGAAAGGGCUCGAUAGGAUACCUGAAAUUAUCUGCCAACGAUCACGACUGUUCAUGUUGCUGCUUUUAUGCCUUUUUCCCCUUCCCAACAUCAUUGAAUGAUUUCCUGGCGGUCAAUAUCUACUUUUUUUGCCCCCCCAUAUUUCGGUUCUCCUUGAUCGUUGGCUUUGCACGCCUGCUUUAACGCUAUCAAUGUGCCCUCGCUCCCCAAUAAUCAGUAUGAACUCAUGUAUAGAUAUGGCG